UCUCGGUUUCACCUCGGAGGACAGCUCCCUGGAUUAGGCAGAUUGGUUUACACGUAUUGAUCCGGACGACGGUUCACUUCUCUCUUGGCUACUUUCAUCCGGUGCGGUAAAAAGACUGCGUCCCCUGCGCUCACCGGCCUCCUUGCCAUCCGCUGCAGGAAAAAACUGCGUUUGCCGAAAAAACAAAGCAGCAAGCAAGAAUGACCGAGUACGGCUUGGAGAAGAAAAUUACAUCAGCUUCAAAUUCACACACAGAAGUAAAAUCUGAACAACCGCCUCCUUGUGUGAAUCCAGGCAACCCUGUGUUUUCAUGUAUGUUGGACCCAAAGACACUCCGUACAGCUACCUCGCUAUCAAAACCUCAGAUGAUUAUGUAUAAAACCAAGUCAAGUGAUUACGGUGAAUUCUCACCUAUACCACAGUUUCUUCCCUGCAGUUAUUCUCCGAAGGAGCAAGUAUUCUCAAGCCGUCUCAGAGCGACUGGGUUUUAUCAAAACAACACUCUAAACACGGCACCUGACAGAACCAGAACCCUUGAUUUUCCUAAUUUUCAGCACACUCUGUAAACAUAUGUUCCUUCGUACAUUUAAGAGAAAACAUACUUAGAGAAAAAUGAGUUUUAAAUCUGAAACUAAAAUACCUAAAAUUUUGGAAUAU